AUUUUGAGCGCAAAAAGUGUUGUAUUUUAUAAACCAAACAGUUUCGCGAAGAAGGCACCACAUGGCUUCUACAGCCUCAACUUUAUUGAAUUUUGCAAGUCUAAAAACUUCAGGUUUGAUCCAACGGCCGUUGUUAUACAUAAUGAUCCUACACAAACAGUUUAUUGUCUCUUUGAUUUGCUGUUUACUGGACAUUCUACUUGAAAUAUCGAUAGAAUAAUACUGUCAUUCAUUGCUCGUUAUUCAAGUAUCAGCCAUAUUUCUUCCUCCCCCUAUAACUUUAUGUACUCCCCCCCUGUAUGCUAUCCUUCCCAAAUUUUAAUGGCGGGAGUUUCAAGUGAAAAAAUGUAUUUUCUUCUUGCUUCAAAUAAUAUUGAUUUAGACUCCUGGAAUGCGUCGUGAUGUGUAAAAUGUAUUUAGCAAAACAAUAUGAUUUGAUGAUGAUCUAAAGCAUACUCAAGAAAUUUAUGAGAAAGACGCCGAGGACAGUAGAAAGGAUGAAUCUGGUGUGGAUGAUUGUUUAGAAAAACGCUUUCACGUCCGUAAAGAAAGAAAGAUGAAGAGAUUUUGUUUUGUUUACAAAUGAAUUCUAAACAUUGUUGACUCAACAAAGUAAAUAAAAUCACCGCGAUGUCCGGGAGAGAAGUUGGGAUUUCCAAAUCCAGCCGAAAGUUAUCUUCAGCAGACCAGCUGGAUGAUGCUUUUCACAAUAUGGUUUCAAACAUGAAACCAUUUGUCCUAAAGUUAGACAGGAAAUCAGAACGUGAGCGAAUGGCUUUAUGGAUAAAGAAGCUUUGUGAAAAUCCUGGCAGCUCUUUAAACUCAAGAGAAAACAGGAAUAUGUAUGCUGAAGUUCUGUUAAGUAUGUUAAAACGAAACAUAAUUGAUGAACCAUUUUGUCUACGACCUGAAUCAGGACCUCUCCCAACAUUACCAAAAUCCAUGUCCGUUUACAUGGACGAAUCAUCAAGGUUAUCAUCAUCAUCAUCAUGGUAUGAAAAUGAGAAUGAAAAUAGUAUUACACCUAGCUGGAUAAAGAGGGAAUUAAAUGUAUCAUCAGGCAUGAAGCGAGAUGACUCAAUUUUGUCGUACGAACCUUCAAAAAGACACUCUUCAACCAAACGAACACUAACGGAGAGCUAUCUAAAUGAUGAAAAUAGCAUUUCAUGUAGCAGGAAUUUUACCACUAUGGAAGAAGAACUGAGUCCGUCACCUUAUAAAACGAAGCUAAACACUCGAGGAACUAUGAGAUACGAACCGAUUUAUCUGCGUGAAAUUCUCAACGGCGAUUUAAGCCAAUCAGUGUCAACUCCAAUGAACUCAAAUGAUGAAAAGAAGAACAAUUACUCCUCUAUUUUACGAUCGAGGUCGAUCACCGAGGAUGAUGAUAGUAUACUUCAACGAGUAACUAUGGAUAAACAGAUGCAGGCAAGGAACAAGUUGAUGGAAGCAAGAUUUCACGAAGAAAAAUUAAGGUUACAACAACAGCAUGAUUUGUCUGUACAAAAGAUAUUAGAUCGUAAAAAUAACGAAUUGGAAGAAAUGAAGGCGAAGUAUCGUAAUAAAUUGACGGAGACUGAGAGUAGAUUGAAGAAACAGGAUAGAAAGAUUGUGACACAAGCACGGGAAAUGGAACGAUUACGUGAACAACGAGACAAAACUGUUUGCGAAUUGAAGAAUUGUGAACAAGAUCGAGGAAUAAAUGCAGUAAACGAUUCUGAAAAGAAGCUUCACGACAAGAUAUCAGAAUUUGAACAAGAGAAGUUUGAAAUGCAGAAGGAACAUACUCGUGAGAUCCAAGAUAUUUUAGAAGAGACGAAUGCAAGAAUUGCAAAGAUGGAGGAUGAAAAUAAAAGAGAAAUGGAAGGCUUGAAUGAAGUUGUGAAGAAAUUGGAACAAGAGAUAGAAAGACUUAGAAUUGAGUGUGAAACAUUACGUUCUGGAACGAGAAAUAUUGAAUAUGAAAAGAGUGAAUGUGAAAAACAACUAAAGACUCUUCAGGCGGAAUAUGACCAUUUAAAGGAAAAUGUGGCGAGUUCUGAACGUAGGAUUGAAAACAUGACAAGAGACCACGAAACAAAGAUAAAAGAAUUGGAAAAGAAAACGAGAGAUGAAGUUGACCGUGAAAAAAAGGAGAAAGAAAUCGUUCUUACACAGACAUCAACAACAAUCAACAAACUAAAGACAGACGUGCUCGAGUUAGAACGACAGAUAGCAGUUAAAGAACAGGAAAGACACAAUGAUGUAGAAGAAAUCGCCAGAGUACAUCUUCAUGAAAAAGUUGAAAUGCAACAUAACUUUGAGAAUAAGGAACGUCACCUUGAACAAGUGUUAAAUGAAGUACGCGAUGAGAAUGAUAAACGUAUCUUUCAACUUGAAGCUUCGUUAAGAGAUAAGAACGAUGAAUUAGAGAGAGCUGUGGCGUCACAUCGUGACAAGGACGAGGAAGCUCAAAAGGCCUUGGCAGAAUUCAAGAUACAAAUGGAAGAGACAUCACGGAAAAUGUUUGAGGACGCAAAACUACAAAUGGAUAAAGUGGAACAGGAUCUAGAAAGAUCACGUUCUUCUCGUGAGAAACAGGCGAAGGAGUAUACACGACAAAUUGAAAGUGAACGCAUGCGCCACGAAAAGUUGGUUUCAGAGUUGAAAAUAACUCAUGAACAGGAAAAGGCAAUAAUGAUACGGGAACAUGAACAUGAGAAUGAGAUGUUGAAUAGAGAACAUGAACGAGAAAAGGCUGUAAACAAUGAGGAAAACGACGUCUUCUGGGAGAUGGAAAGCAAAUAUCGCAAUAAAUCAACAAUUGAUGCAAACUCCAUAAAUGAACUUCAACAAGUGAAUGUAUCAUUACGAGAGGAGUUGAUGAAGAAAGAGGGUUUAUACAAGCAACAACUGGUUGAAUUAGGGAUGUUGCGGGAUGAAGAAAAACAGACGUUUGAACGGAAACUUGAAACACAGGCAACUAAGUCUCAGACGGAAAUGGAACAAGAAAGAUUGGAAUGGCAGCGACAACAGAACAGUAAACAAAUGGAAGAAAUUUUGGAUAAGACAAACAGUCGAUUAAAACAAAUGGAAGAAGAUUACAUUGCAAGAUCAAAGAAAAUGCAAGAGGUUCAUUUACUGUCUUUGCAAAAUUCUCACGAGGAACGCUUCAAUAUCACAGCACGUAAACACGAAGAAGAUAAAGAAAUGCUUAAGAAUCAUCAUUCAGUGGUAAUAAAGUCACUAGAGAACGAUAUAGAACGUCUAAAAAAUUUGACCAGAGAAACUGAAAAAGAAGCAAGAAAAACGGAGAUCGAUCUACAAGAAAAGAUUUCCAAACUUCAAUAUGAAUAUGAAGAGAAAAUGAACAAUUUGCUUCCUCGACAAAUGAAAAACGAACUUGAAGACACUAUUCGAUCUCUUCGUCAGCAAGUCUCUAUUCUUCAAUCUCGUGCGGACAUCUUGCAAGAAGAACUAGAUUCUACUAACACACUUUCAUCAACAUGGGACUUAUCUCAUCUAGAUAAACCUUUGAAAAACUAGUGAUGUCAAGGCUAUAGUAAUUCUUGUUUGUUUAUAUACAAGUAUGAUAAUGUUAAGGUAUUGUUUGUAUUGUACCAUAAUAAAUGUAUAGUGAAGGUAUGGUAUCAUAAACUAAA